AUGGGUCGGAAGAAAGUUUCGCGAAACUUUCUUUUAACUCGCGGCGGUGUGCAGCUCGAUUGUGUAACAAACGCUGUAGAGGAAACGUUUCCAAUGGAUACAGAAUCGCAUCUGUACGCAUUCGAUUUUCCUAGCAAAGGAUGGCUUAUUCGAUUCUCAGACGUGAUCGGAGCGUCACAUACAGUGGAUUACAGGUUUUGGAAAUACAACGGUCUGGCCAGCACCGGUUUGCAACAACUGGCUGAACUUGGGUCUACCAGGAAAUUGGAAUCAGAAUUAAAAAAUCAAAGUAAAAAGAUCAGAACAAUAAUCAAAGCCAGGGGAAUAAGUUAUCCCAAUGUUACUGGGAAAACAUUCGCAGUUUUCCGUGUUGAUCGAAAACACCAUCUGAUGUCUUUGGUAUCUAUGAUUGAUCCUUCGCCGGAUUGGAUCGUCGGAGUUUCAGGUUUGGAAUUGUGCUUGUCUAAUUCCUCCUGGAUUGAGCACAAAGAACUUAAUUUAUACCCUUACGAUGUGGGUACUGAUAGUGGGAUCACGUAUUUGGUAAGGGAAAUCUUUUUUUUUCAAAUAUUUUCUUCAUUAACAGAACAAAAUAUUCGAUUUCUAUAAAAAUACACACUAUCGUGCAUAAGCAUUUGAACAAUUUUAAAUAUAUAAAAUACAAUUCAAAUAUUGUGUUCUUCAUUCUUAAUUGUAACGUAUACAGUUAAUAAAAUAGUCAAUAAUAGAAUAAAUGAGAAAGCAAUGAUUGAAGAAAGUUGAAGAUUAAUUUUACAGAUGUAUCUUAAUUGAAUAUGUUUAUUUAGGAGGAUUGAAAUGUGUUUCAAAUCGCAUACAAAAGUUUGUAUAAAUUUGAUGGAGUGAAUAUGAAACUUGAAUGAUACAAAUAAAAAAAUUUCCCUAUUUCAGAGUAUUCAAUCUCAUUAUCAGUUAUGGUAAAAGACAUAGAAAUUUCAUUUCACAAUCAAUGCAAACGCAAAGACUUCAAUAUUUCAAAAUAAAAAAAAAGCUUACACUAUUUUCAAAAAAAAAAAACACACUAUUUUCAAAAUAAUAGUAUUUAAUAAGUAGACUGCGGAUUUUCAUGCAUCUGUGGAAAAUUGCAAAAAAACGUAUAUCAAUUUAUAUGCAGAAGUAUAUAUGAAAUAUCUAGAGUAGAGUAUCAUUAGCAAUAUAUACUGUUCUAUUUCUUUUCAGUAAUGCUCAUAAAAAUUUGAAAAUGGAUAAAAAUCUGAAGUCUGGAUUAAUAAAUAUAUAA